CAACCCUAAACCAACCGCACUUUCUUAUUCUCUCUUGCUCUUCAUUUUUCUUGUCCUCCUUAUAUAUCUUCUUGGCGACUUCUAUUUGGUGUGCUUGAUGACAAAGAAUUUACCGCUAGUUAGUAAUUAACAUAUCCACCAAUUAUCCAUGGAGGAUUCUGGAGCUGCUUCUAGUGAUGAUGUAAAGACUUGUCCUAGAGGACACUGGAGGCCUGCUGAGGAUGAAAAACUCAGGCAACUUGUUGAACAGUAUGGUGCACAAAACUGGAACUCUAUUGCAGAAAAGCUCCAAGGACGAUCAGGGAAGAGCUGCAGAUUGAGGUGGUUUAAUCAACUUGACCCUAGAAUCAACAGAAGGCCAUUUACAGAAGAAGAAGAAGAAAGGCUCCUGGCUGCUCAUCGUAUUCACGGAAACAAAUGGGCACUGAUAGCUAGACUAUUUCCUGGUAGAACUGAUAAUGCAGUAAAGAAUCACUGGCAUGUUAUAAUGGCUAGAAAACAAAGGGAACAAUCCAAGCUAUGUGGGAAGAGAAGUUUUCAAGAUGGUCUUAGCGACUCCAAGCUAAGUUCUACUGGUUUCACCCCAAGGAAAGCAAGGUGUCAAGAGGCUUUUAGCUCAAGAAUUGGGUUUGGAGACAGUAGGUUUCUUGAAUUUCAAAACCCCAGUAAAGAAAGGAUUUUCUCAGUCUCAUACUCAUCAACUUCUUCACCAUCUUGGACUUUUGCUUCAUCAACAAUGAUGCCCUCAAACAAUUCAUCUUCAGCAGAAUUAUCAAGAAGAGAUGGAAAAGAUUAUUUAUCAGGGUCUGGUUCUAGUUAUUACUCCAUGGAGAACUCAAAAAUUUUAGAUCAAUCUCUUUAUAAAUAUCAUUCAAAUGCUUCAGCAUAUUGUAGCAGCUUAAAAAAUUCCAGUGCAUUUGGACUUCCAAACUACAGGAGGGUGGUUCCAAGUCCUUUUGGCUACCUUAAGCUUGGUGAUAAUUAUGAAAGUAAUAAUGGUGUGAUGAGGAAGGAGUUGAUGAGCGUUAUUGAUAAUGCACCCAAGUUAGCAAAUAUUAGAGUGAGUUCCCAGCAGGAGAAUGAUGAUGAUUCCAUCAAACAGAAGGAUACUCCUUUCAUAGAUUUUCUUGGUGUUGGUAUUUCUUCUUGAUCAUCAAAAACCAUCUUAUUUAACUUUUUUUCCUAGUAUACAUUACAGGUUUAGCUUUG